AUGUCGUCAAGAACGUUCUACCCGCAGACCCCGGUCGAAUUCAACUCCAGCCUCAUUUCGUCGCUGGACAGCUCUGCAGAGACCAACUACUCGAGACAGCAAGCGUCUGCGCAGGUAGUCGAGAAAGAGGUAGGCAAAAAAUUGAAAGAACUGGAAAACAACAAACUCGCAAAAUUCGACACAAAACUCUCGUCUCUGCUUCUUCCCAAUGAGGAUCAAGGUCUGAGUGUCGCGGCUGUGAACGAGCAGCUGAGCAAGGCUGCCGAAAGCCUCAAAAAGCUCAACGACGCAAAACCUAUCAAGUCCAAGUCCCUCGUCGAGGCGGAAACUGCCGUGGCCAACUGCAUCAAAAACAAUAAGGACAAACCUCUCAACUGCUGGGACGAGGUGGAGCACUUCAAACAGCUUGCAAAGGCCAGCAACUAG